UCUAGCAACGACACAAUGCCAUCCAAGUGACCUAGCAAUCCGGACAUCUUUUCAUCGCAUUAAUAUACAUCUAGCAUCAUCUAAAUCUAACACAAGCUAUCGAAGGACAACCACUAUCGCAAUGAUGCCUUUCCCGGCUCGAACAAACAGCACCUUAUCCUCCCUCUCCUCUCACAGCCUCGAAAAGCCCACCCGAAUCGACCCGCCCGCCCAACCAACCCACACCUGCCCUAGGAGCCGUGCGGCUGCCCACCUCACCGCCCGCGCCUACCCAGCGACGUCUCCCCACCGUACCACCUUCCUUGCGACGCGCAUGCUUCUCGCAGCUUUUGGCCUGGUCGAAAUCGCGCUCUCCGUUGUCGCCCUACGCUCCAUCGACCGCGAGACUUGGAUGUCGCCUAUACUUUCGCCAGCCAUCACGUCCUUUUCCGUCAGCGCCGUGGACAUAUUCCUCGUCGUGAGUCUGGAUCGGCGCUCCCACGCGCUCACCCGUAUGCUCUAUGACGGUGCCAUCGGCGUGGGGUUCGCCAUCGCGUCAGGGUUCCUGGUGUCCUUCAUGCUAGGCGACCUGGUCCGGUCGAAGCCUACCUCGACACCGGCGACGGCGGCGGUUGGGGCGGCCAUUUUAUUCUGCAUGUUUAGCUCCAUGCUUCUGCAGUUCGGCAUCUCCAUUGCUGGGGGCAUGCAGUGGUUCCAGAUCCGCCGAGAAACACACUUGGCUUCCGACUCGGCUUGAGUGGCCAUGGGUGGAUGGGUGCUGAUGAGAAACGGCUAGAGCUGGAGCCUUGGGUGGAAAUGGGAUGAUAGUAUGGCUUGUUUGCUUCAUGUUUCGCAUCUCAACCGUGUUCCGGACGAUUAUAGAUUCGCCAUCAUGCGUGGAGGACGUUCCCCCCCCCUUUUCCAAAUCUCAUAUACCCAUCGGUCCUUUAAUUCCAAGCUUCAGAACAAUCCGUACAGGAGGGCGACGUAGUCUGCCUUCUACAAGGAGCGUCUAGGCCGGCCUACAAUCGUCCGGUUAUUCAACGAUUUUUGGGCUGUUAUAAUG